AUGCUUGAUAUCGCAGAUCUAGUCGCCGACCGCGGCGGUAAUCCGAAGAGAGUCAAGGAGAGUCAACGCCGACGAUUUGCUUCAGAGGAUCUGGUCGAUGAGGUGAUUGGUUUAUACGAAGAUGCUCGUCGCACACGUUACGAUGCUUCACAAAUCGGCUCAAAAAUCAACAUCCUCCAAAAGGAGAUUGGAAUGAAGAAAAAGAACAAAGAAGAUGCCUCCGAGCUAUUAGCGCAAAAGUUGAAGUUGGAGCAGGACAAGAAGGCGCAGGAGGAUUUGGCCCUUGAGAAAGAGAAGCUCAGGGAUCGAAAGUUGAAAACAAUUGGCAACUACGUUCACGAUUCGGUUCCAAUUAGCAACAAUGAGGACGAUAAUGCUAUUAUCAAAACAUGGGCACCAGAAGGAACAAAGGUCGAAAAGCGGGAUUGUUUGUCACAUCAUGAAGUUCUUACUCGACUAGAUGGCUACGACCCGGAGCGAGGUGUCAAAAUCGUUGGUCACCGGGGAUUCUGUCUGACAGGCUACGGUCUUUUCCUCAAUCUUGCUCUCGUCAACUACGGCCUAGAGUUUUUAUUUCAGAAGGGAUACAAACCGAACCAGCCGCCGUUCUUUAUGCUUCGGGAAUAUAUGGCGAAAACGGCACAGCUGGAGCAGUUCGAUGAAGAGCUCUAUAAAGUCACGGAAAGUGAGGAUAAAAGCACAGAUAAGUACCUGAUCGCCACUUCAGAGCAACCGUUGUCUGCUUUGCACGAUGGAGAAUGGCUACAGGAUAAGGACCUUCCUAUUAAAUAUGCUGGGUACAGUACGUGCUUCCGAAAGGAGGCUGGCUCUCACGGAAAAGAUGCCUGGGGCAUUUUUCGUGUUCAUCAAUUCGAAAAGAUAGAGCAAUUUGUUUUAACGAAACCCGAAGACUCUUGGAAAGCAUUCGACGAUAUGAUUGCAACCUCAGAAGAAUUCUACCAAUCUCUUGGUCUCCCUUAUCAGAUCAUCUCAAUCGUUUCUGGCGCUUUAAACAAUGCAGCAUCCAAAAAGUGGGAUUUAGAAGCCUGGUUUCCGUUCCAGGGCGAAUAUAAGGAACUUGUAUCCUGUUCAAAUUGCACUGACUACCAAUCACGAGAAUUGGAUAUUCGCUACGGCCCGAAAAAGACUACGGACACUAAAAAGGCAUAUGUUCACGCCCUCAAUGCUACACUGUGUGCCACAGAAAGAGCGUUGUGCUGUGUCCUUGAGAACUACCAACAGGAAGAUGGAAUUAUCGUGCCAGAAGUCCUUCGCAAGUACAUUCCCGGCCAACCCGAAUUUCUCCCGUACACGAAGGAACUUCCUAAAGAUACCACCUCCCAAAAGGCCAAAUCCAAGGUCAAACCUAAAGCCGACAAGCAAGAGGUGGUAAAGACCAUGGAAAACCUCAAGGUUUGA